AUGGAGCGUCUCCAGGUGUGGGGACUCUUCGUCCUGAUGGUUCUCACCGCCGCCCAGAACACCACACACAGUCCCGACCCUCAGCCCUCCUACCUGCUGCUGGCUCCCAUAAAUCUUCGACCUGGAGUCCCAACAUCACUAUCGGUCACCAUCCUGACCGCCUCUCCGGUCACCGUGUCUGCUCACAUUGUUCAUGACAAGCAGAUCGUGUCCUCUGCCUCUGCUGCAGUGGAAGGAGGUUCAACUAAGAUGCUGACUUUGCCACCUAUCCACGAAGGCAAGUCAAGCUACAGGAAACCCUACAGCCUGGAGGUCAAAGGUCACAUGGGUAGCAUUAAGGUUUUCUCCAACUCAACGCGGCUGUACUUCAACCCCAAAGGCCUCUCUACCUUCAUCCAGACAGACAAGCUGAACUAUUUACCUGGACAGCUGGUGAAAAUCAGAGCGGUGUCCAUUCACCCCGAUGGGAAACCCUACGUCAGCCCGGUGGACAUUGUCAUCAACGAUCCGAGGGGAAACCUGGUCAGACAGUGGUUGUCUCUGGAUGGCAUCCUUGGAGUCGUGUCCAAAGAGUUUCAGCUGUCUGAAAACCCUCCUCUGGGUGAAUGGACCAUUCUUGCUACAGUCAAUGGCUCCUCCAGUAGGAAACAUUUCAAUGUGGCACAUUAUGUUCUGCCGAAGUUUGAGGUUGUGAUUGAAGCUCCGGAUGUCAUUUACCAUGAAGACACUUUGUGGGGCUCCGUAAAAGCAAAGUACAUGUAUGGGAAACCUGUUCAGGGACUCAUGAAUAUAACGUUUCUGCAUCGUUUUCAUGGUAUUGAAGAGGCUUACGAUGAAAACAAAGAGAUUGACGGCACAGCAGACUUCAUGUUUGACAUUCCCAACUAUCAUCCAAUGACCAAAAGAGCUCUAGACAUGGUCUUCUAUGAUGAUGAACUCAUGGAUGGUGAAUUUCUAACGAUUGUGGUUCAUGUGACUGAACAUCUAACAGGUCUCACAUAUAACAGUACAGCAACGGUUUCUUUGGCAAAACAUAGAUAUAAACUUUCCUUUGAUGGCUAUCCCAAAGAACUAAGGCCCUCUUUGAACUUCAAUGCCAAGCUGAAAAUAUGCACAUACAACAAUCAGCCGUUGUCUCUGGAGGAUCAACAACAGACUGUUAAAGUGUCAGUGGUGCAGCAAAAGAAAAGCCCUUGGAAUUGGAAAAUUGACCAGAUGGAAGAAAUGGGCCCACGUAGACAUAACACGUCAGAUUCUUCGGAUAUUGUUGAUCCCACUCCGGAAGGGAUACCAGCCCAAGACAUGGAGUUUCCUCUCACCCCAGAUGGGGUAAUACCGCUCUCCAUCCAGAUCAUGGAUGACACUGCCACACUCACUAUUGAUGCUUCAUUUGAGGAUAGCCAAAACACUCUACAGCUCUAUAGAAGCUACACGUCACCCAGUCACUCCUAUCUACAGAUCCAGAAACCCUCCGAACCUCCAGAGGUUGGUUCAUCCCUUGUGCUGCACAUUGAAAGGAGUUUUCCAAUGGCUGAGAUUCACUACAUAGUCAAGUCCAGAGGUCAGAUCGUUUCUGCUGGGAAUAGCUCUGGUGAUCUAACGCUGGUCCCAGAAACCACCUGGGCUCCUCUCGCCUGUAUCAUCGUCUACUGUGUGCUUCCAAAUGGAGAGAUUGUCAAUGACAUAAUCAAGCUGCCCAUUACCCAAGCUUUACAAAACCAGGUCUCUCUGAGUUGGAGUGAACCCACAAGGAGGCCAGCUGAUGAAGUCACCCUUAAAGUCAAGGUGGCAGAGCCUGGCUCUCUGGUCGGGAUCCUGGUGGUUGACAAGGCAACAAAAUGGAUGGCGUCACACAAUGACAUCACCCCGGAGACGAGGGGUCCCGUCUUCGCCUCCGUCGUCGGCAUCAAGAGGGGUCCCAUCCCCAUCUUCACCUCCGACCAGCAGAGGGCAUUGGCCAAACAGGUACUGGAACAGAUGGGGAAGUACAGCGUUUCCAAGGCAGACAUGUACUCAGACAUGUUGACAAAGGGAGAUCCACACUCCAUCUUCAGGAUGAGUAAUCUUGUGGUGUUCACUGAUGCCAGUUUGCACAUGUUGGAUCCCAUGCUGAGGCCUGAAUUUCCAGGGGGAGAUUUUGUCUUUUACCAGACAAAGGAGGAGCAAGAACAGGAGCCACGAGAGCGCCGGAACUUUCCAGAGACGUGGAUUUGGAUGGAUACCGACACAGGAAAUUCAGACACAAAAGAGAUCAAACUGACUGUACCAGACAGCAUCACAACCUGGACAGCCACUGCCUUUGUCAUGUCUGAGAACCUGGGUCUGGGCAUCAUAGAGCAACCUGUAGAGCUCACAGUCUUCCAGGAUUUCUUCCUGUCUUUGAAUUUGCCGGCCUACAUCAUCCGAGGAGAGGAACUUUUGCUGGAAGUUAUUCUGUUCAACUACCUCCCACAGGACUUGGACGUCACACUGAUUGUUAGAGAGAGUGAGACCUUUGAGUUUGUCUCCCUGGACAAUGUGGAGCUGUCUGUGCCCAAUGUUCGUCGGGUGUCUGUGAGGAACCAGGGUGGAGCAUCCGUCCUCAUUCCCAUCAAGCCGCUGGUCCUCGGAGAGAUCCCAAUCAGUGUGAAAGCCAUGUCGGUGGUGGCGUCUGACUUCGUUAGCACAACUGUGCUCGUCAAGGCUGAAGGACUCGAGCAGACGUUCUCCACCUCGCUGCUGUUUGAGGUUUCACCUUCGCACUGGAGCAUUGCCAGAAACGUCACUUUCACCUUCCCGGCAGAUGUCGUGGAGGGCAGCGAGAGGGCUUCAGUGACGGCUGUCGGGGAUAUCCUCGGCCCGUCCAUCAGCGGCCUGGACUCUCUCAUCCAGAUGCCUUAUGGCUGCGGUGAACAGAACAUGAUCAACUUUGCACCAAACAUCUACGUCCUCCAGUACCUGAACGCUACCGGACAGGCCGACCAGCACACAUCAGACACUGCCACAGAUUAUAUGAUGAAAGGUUAUGAGCGAGAGCUUUCCUACCAGCGAGUCGACGGCUCCUUCAGUGCGUUCGGAGACCAGGAUUCAUCUGGAAGCACCUGGCUCUCUGCCUUUGUGCUGAGAUGUUUCCUGCAGGCGCGUCCUUUCAUCAGCAUCGACGCCUCUGUGCUCCUCAGGGCAGCAGCCUGGUUAGGAGUCCAGCAGGGGGCUGAUGGGAGUUUCGAGGAACCCGGCCGCGUCAUCCACACAGAGCUACAAGGAGGCCUGGACGGCCCCGUUUCCCUCACAGCGUACGUCGUCAUCGCUCUGCUUGAAGACGAUGACAUCAAGGCUCGGUAUGGGAGCCAGGUGUCUGCGGCCCUGAUGUUCCUGGAGACCCGCUUGGCUCUGGGCGUCUCCAGCAACUACAGCCUCGGCCUGCUCACCUACGCUCUGGCUCUGUCCGGCAGCUCCAGCGCCAGCACGGCACUCAACGAGCUGAUUGGACGAGCUGAGAUGAGAGACGGCGUGCCGAUGUGGUCGUCCCCAGACGGCGGACUCUCUGAAUCGUGGCAGCCUCGCUCUGCAGACAUCGAGAUGGCGUCCUACGUGCUGCUCUCUCAGCACCAGCUGGGCCGCGUCGCAGAGGGCCUCGGCCUCAUGAAGUGGCUCAGCCAACAGAGAAACUACAAGGGAGGAUUCGGAAGCACUCAGGACACAGUCGUGGCUCUGCAGGCUUUGUCCACGUUCGCAGCUCUGAGCGGGUCUUAUGUCGCCGACCUCACCAUCGAGGUGACCUCUGACCCCUCGUCCACCACCGUCGCCUUCUUUAUCAUCCAACAGGACAACUACCUGCUCCACCAGAGCCAGCAGAUUGAGCCAAAAGACGAGCUGAAGCUUCUGGUGACUGCAAGAGGACACGGACUCGCUGUGUUUCAGCUGAACGUGUUUUACAACAUCAGGAAUGAAGAGAUGAUGACGACGACGAGGAGGAGACGAGAUGCCGGCGGACACGAGGCGUUUCAUCUGUUCGUCGAGCUGUUUGACGAAGAAAUAAACUCUGCACAUCUGUUCAUCUGCAGCAGUCUGUCAGAGCUGGUGGGUCUGAAUGCGACGGGCAUGGCCAUCAUGGAGGUGGGUCUGCUGAGCGGCUUCAGCCUUUCACCGGACGCCAUCCACAUCGACGGGGUGGUGAAGAAGGUGGAGACCCAGCCGGGGAAAGCCAUCCUCUACCUGGACUCUGUGACGACGGAGGAGAUGUGUCUCAUGAUUUCUCUGGUGAUGGAGUAUAAAGUCGCCAAAGUCCAGGAAGCAACUGUUCUCCUUUAUGAUUAUUAUGAACCAAGGCGAAGGACGGCGAGGACGUAUAAUUCAGAGUGGAGGACGGACAUGCCCACCUGCUCGUUCUGUGGCGAUGACUGCAGUCAGUGCAGAGGUCAGGACCUUUAUGAGUUCAACCCGGCGUCACACGGCAGACGACACACAGCGCUGAGCAGUUUACCAGCCGCUCUGCUUCUCCUCAUCCUCGUCUUCGUCCUGUAA